AGCCCUCCCUACUGGCAACGCCGCGACCGCGGUGACUCCAUCCGCAGCAACGCCCCGACCGACCGACAGCGCUUCACGAUCACCCUCGAGGACCAUACGGAGGAGGACUCGGAGCAGUCGAAGGCGCUGUGGGCGCGGGGAGCGACGAUUGAGGAGUGGACGCUGGUGCAGGGGAGCAAGCCGGCGAGUUUGGGGGCAUAUGUGGUUUGGGUUUGUAAUGUGCAGACGCAGAGGGGCGGGAUAAUCAAGAUCCGCAAGAGAUACUCCGAAUUCGAACAACUUCGAAAGGCAUUAGUGCGCACGUUCCCCCACUCCAGCGCCGCGCUGCCUCCGCUCCCCCCCAAAUCCAUCCUCUCGAGAUUCAAACCGCCGUUCCUGGAGAAGAGACGCGUGGGAUUGCAGUACUUCCUGACCUGCGUCCUACUCAACCCGGAGUUUUCGUCAGCGCCGGUGCUGAAGGAGUUUAUGUUU